AUGACGUUUGGCAGGCCAUGUGGCCUAAAUGGGAGGCGAAGAGGUGUUAAGAGAACUAUUCUUCGGAACAAGAAGAAGAAGAGGAAGGCCAAUAUGUUGCUGCUGUGGCUGAUGGUCUAAGAACUAGCAACACACAACACAACACUCAUCUCCAGGACACAAACCAGAUCACACUUAGCCCACGAUAAACAACCGCCUAUAAGGAGAUCAUUCAACAGGGCGAUCAACCUCGUCACGUGGAAUCCCAAUAGGGUAACAUAUCACACAAUAACACCAAGUAUCGAUUUUCGAUACACUUUGAAAUCUAUACGCGUCACGUUCCAGCGUGGUCUUCUCGUCUAA